AGCUUUGUUCAGCUAUAUGCAGAAGCAGCUAGCAGCCUGUCCCAGAAGAGCUGUCCAGCCCUAGCAGCAGGCUGUGUACGCUAUCUGCCAUAAGUCUACUUCUAAUGGCUCCAGACAAUACGUACCUCCAAAGACCUCCUAUUCCCCACUCAGCAUGAGUGGUUGGAGAUGCGGAAGUGUAAUAAGCCAGUAGUUGCACAGCAUCAGACAGAGAGAGGGAGAGAGAGAGAGGCAGCUGCUGAGUGCAGCCUGAGCAUCUAUUUGCCUGGGACAGUACUAACACAUAUCCAUGUAGCUGCAGUGAAGACUAAGGUUGGUUUGUUAACAGAAUACUAAAAUAAGGCAGCAGCAGCAGCAGCAGCAGCAGGAGAAGCAGGAGAAGCAGCAGCAGAGGCAGUAUACUUCAGAAUGAGAAUGGACACUUCUGAGAGGCAGGAGGCUGCUCAUAAUGUGCUUAUAUGUGUAUGUGAGGCACCUGGUGUCAGCCUCUGUGGGAUUUGGGAAAAUUCAGUCUAAACUCAGGUUCCCUUAUAUUCUGUUCUGAAUCAGUCAAGACAAACAUCAGCCGUCUCCUGUGGAGGAUGCCUAAUAGGUACAAGUACGUAAAAUGUUGAAGUUCACACACGUUUACCAGCACAAAUACUAACUAUACUUCACAAAAUGCUGGAGGAACUCAGCAGAUCAGGCAGCAUCUAUGGAGGGAAAUAAACAGUCAACUUUUUGGGUCGAGACCCUUCAUCAGGACUGGAAAGGAAGAGGGCAGAAGCCAGAAUGAAAAGGCUGAAGAAGCAGUCCUGAAGAUUGAUGGAGGGCCAUGCUAUUCAAACAGCAGGCGUUGCUGAGACAGAAGCUCUUUUUGCUGGGCAGCCUUGCUGUUGGAAGUCUCUUAUACAUAGUUGCCAGAGUUGGGAGCUUGGAUAGACUCCAACCCACAUGUCCCAUAGAAGGUCAAUUUGGGGACCAAGACCAAAUCAUGCUUCGUGCUCUACAGUAUAAGCGUGGCUCGUCAUAUGACUUGCGCAAAGGCAAUACAACAAAGGAACAAAUCAGACUGCAUAACAUGGUGCAACAGCUUCCUCAAGCCAUCAUUAUUGGUGUUCGCAAGGGUGGAACACGUGCCCUACUUGAAAUGCUCAACUUGCACCCAGCAGUCGUCAAAGCAUCACAAGAAAUCCAUUUUUUUGACAAUGAUGGAAACUAUGCUAAAGGUAUUGAAUGGUAUAGGAAAAAAAUGCCCUUUUCCUACCCUUACCAGAUUACCAUUGAGAAAAGCCCAGCAUACUUCAUCACUGAGGAAGUCCCUGAAAGAAUCUACAAGAUGAACUCAUCCAUUAAACUGCUGAUCAUUGUGCGAGAGCCAACAACUCGAGCCAUUUCAGAUUACACACAGGUCCUGGAGGGAAAGGAAAGGAAGAAUAAAACAUACUAUAAAUUUGAAAAGCUUGCAAUUGACCCCAGUACCUGUGAGGUAAACACAAAAUACAAAGCUGUGAGAACUAGUAUAUAUACAAAACAUCUGGAGAGAUGGCUCAAGUACUUCCCCAUUGAACAAUUUCACAUUGUAGAUGGUGAUCGCCUCAUAACCGAGCCAUUGCCUGAACUCCAGAUGGUGGAGAAGUUUCUGAAUCUAACGCCCAGGAUAAGCCAGUAUAACUUAUACUUUAAUGCCACAAGAGGCUUCUAUUGUCUGCGGUUUAACAUUGUAUUUAAUAAGUGUCUGGCAGGCAGCAAGGGACGGAUACACCCCGAAGUAGACUCUUUGGUCGUUAAUAAGCUGCACAAGUUUUUUCAUCCAUUCAAUCAGAAGUUUUAUCAAAUUACUGGAAGGACAUUCAGUUGGCCAUAAAAAUGAGCCUUGCUACACUGGGUGAUGAUGUAAAGCAGAUAUUGUCAAGUGAUAUCCAAUACUUUCAAUCGUUGACAGAAAACAAUUGUCAAACUUUCCAGCAGAUGGGGUAAUGUGCAGCUGACAAUAUAAGAAUUUGUUAUCAAUAAGACAUACUAAAAAAUUGUGUUUUAGGAUUUUAUACUUUCUUCCAUUUGACCAUUUUGUUAAUAGGUCAAUGUGAGUGUAAAGCAGAGAUCACUGUUUUAUAAUCAUAUCUACUUUUUCUUAUAAAUGUGACAAAGGGAACAACAUGAAUUAUUGUUUAUUUUCUAAAAAUUUGUUGCUAAAUGAAAUAGGCAGUAAUAAAUAGAUCAUGGCCUACCUUAAGCAUAGAUCAACGGUUACCACUAUCUUUUAAUCCAGUUUUCCGAUGAGGACCCUGGAUAUUUCUCAAAUAUAAAAUCUGCCUCUAACUUCCUGUGCCUAAUAGUUCAAAGGCAUUAGUCAUCAAGAUUACUAACAUUUUCAUUGUUUCUACAAAAACAAAGCAAACCUUGGAACCCUUAGGUCAUGAUAUAAUCAAUUGCCUGGCCCCAUUCUGUCCCCUGCUAUGGGGAUAGAAGAAGAUGACAACCUUGUUCACAUCACAAGGUGAAACUCCUAAAUUCAGUAACAGGAUCUGAUAGGUUGUUUGUAUUUGUUAUUGUUUGGCCUGUGUGUGUUUCAGUGAGGGAAUGGCUCCUCGUGUAGCUUUUGUUAGUACAAUCACUAGUGCAUGCCGUGAAGUUUUUUCACAAAUUUUUCUCCAAUUUUGGCAGGUUGUUGUGACCUAUUGUCAUUUUGAAGUUACUACAGAUUCACUGUACAGGUCUAACACAUUUGACAUUGAAGUAAAUGUACAGCCAUUUACUCUUAUAGAAGAAAAUUCCUAGGAUAAAAAUGGAAAAUAACCACCAGGUCAGGCCACAUCUGUGGGAAGAGAAACAGGCUUGAUGUUUGAGGUGGAGAGCAUCAGAAGUGUCAUGGAAAUGAGUGAGAAGGGACUGGGCCAUUGGAGAAAGGAUAAAGUCAAGGGAAGAAGAAAUAAGAUUGGUGGGACAAGAACAGGCUGAAACAUUGGGUCUGCCAGGGCAGUCCUGCUUGUGGAUUUUGGGCAAGAGAUAGAAGCAGGCUAUGGGGGGCUGGGACACUAUAAGGCUGGAGACUGUGGAGGGAAGAUCUCAUGACAAAGUGAGGUCCAUGAUUGUCUGGGAGACCAUGGCCUGAUGUAAAAUGGUGGGGUCACGAUUUAAAGGGAGUUAUGAGGAGGUGUCUGAGACCUGACAUCUGGCCUCUGUGAAAUAGAGGUCAGUUCACCAGACCACAACAGCACCACCCUGUCAGGGUUGGUUCUUGAUGAAUAGAGUGCUGCAAGUUCAGAAGGGGGAAGGUUAGAGUGCGAGAAAAUUCUAAGAGACAAUGCUGACAAGAAGCACUUAAAAAUAUAAAUAACUGGAUUAAUUAGACCUGCUAAGCUCUAGAGAACCUUUAAGUUUAUUCACAUUUCUUGAGUUUAAAUAAAUUAUUUCCCAAGUAAAAUCUCGAUAUAUUCAUGCCCACUUAGUUUGACCAUGAAAAUGUGGGUUGAAGCUUUUGCCAGUAACUCCUUCAAGAAGGCAGCCACAUUUUAAAGGAGUCACCACAACUACAAGUUAGAAAAUGUAAACUUAAUCUUUAGAGUUGUCACUAAGUUCAUUAUAAAAGUAGAAUAAAGCAGAUGGAGGAAUGUGUUGUGUUUAUUACAGUUUCAUUCUGUAACUCAAUACUUCCAGCUAAAUUUUAGUUGUCAAAUGUGACAGUAAAUCUAACCUCUUGGAUUAGGUCUUGGUACAUCUGUCAGGUGGAGUGCUUCAAACAUUGACAUCUAUAUUUUAUUUUUCAGUUCACAGAAAAAAAUGUUUAAUUGGCAAACUAUAUAUUAAAUAAUGAUAUUAUUUAAAUCACUUCAAAUAAAGCUACUUAUAUUUUUGAUUUUAAAAAUUAUGAAGUAGGGAAUAUCAUCCAGAAUUCCACUCCACCUCCCGUAGGAACAUUCAUGUACAAGAGUAGAGGGCGGAUGGUGUGGUUGGUGGUGGGAGUGAGGGCAGAAGGAUGGUAGGAUGGGUACUGUGGGAUUUGUUAAAUUAUGUUCAGCAAUGGCUUAACCAGCUAACAUUUACUAUCUCGUCUCACACAUAAAGAGCUGAACUUGUGUUAGGUGCAGGAAUACUUUCAUACACCAGGAAGGAUAAGCAACAUCACAAAUAAAAGUAGGAAUUGCAGGAUAAGUGUUCUUUUAAUGUUAUUAGGACAGUAAUUCAGCUUUGGCCUCAACUACUAACCAUGUGAUGUUGUAGCUUGUGCACACUAUACUCCGCUUCCAAAAUUCGGAAUUAGGACCAGAUUACGAGGUACAGUCAUGACAAUAUCAGAUGCCAAGUGCAUGGGACCAAGGGCAAAUUGCCUCAGGAUUCCUUGGCUGAGGGCGCGCCCUGCUGUCACUCCUUUAACAAUGCUUAUGUGAAGCCAGUCGCAGUUCAAGUUAGUCUAUUGGGAACCUAAAGUACUCAGCUUUUCUCUCAUGGCCCAGCUGAGAUUAGGAAUUUAGCAUGAGGUUAAUCACAGCUGUGUAGCAGCCAGCCUUGCAAUGCUUAAGUAUAUCCAACAAAGAUUUCAAUAUUGAUGAUUUUGAAAGAUUCUGAAAAUUUCUUAGGAAUAGAAAAGGCAAGAAAAUUUAAAGAUUAGCAGCCAAGCUCCCAUAAGUAUAAUAAAUUUAUAAGCUUUUUCAGCUGAACUAUUUUUAUAUGUUAAAUAAAUCUGCUUAGAUGAAAAUAUACUUUUGGUAGGUGUAGUUCAAUACUGCUUGAAAAAUUAAUUUUUAAUGUCAAUGUUUGAAGUGCUGCAGCUUUAAAUGGAAUUCCUUAUACUGCAUAUAAAUUUAAUUUUACCUUUUGACUGCAUUAUUUCUGUGAUAUUGAACAUUUUCAGCAUCCAUAAGAAAUCAAAAAUGUAAUUUUUCAUUGUAGUCUUUUUAGAGUGAAUGGACAGACAUGUGUGGUUGUUUCCAUUCAUACACACCUUAACUGCUUGUCUUUCAAUAUAACAUUUAAUGUUGAUUAGAGAGAGGGAAAUGUUACUUUGUCUUUUAUGCCUACAACAAAUAUAGAAUCACAGGACAGAAUUGUACAUUUGUAAUAUACUUCUGUAAAUACUAGUUUGACACUAAGCAGUUCUAUUUUGUAUAUUACUGAUUGUGAGCUGGGUGUUUAAACUGGGAAUAUUCAGUUCUGAGAAAUUUUCCGUUUCAUUGAACUUGCUUUUGCACACUUUGCUCUCUGUCUUCAUGUCUUUCUCAAUUACUCCUGGAUUAUUUUCCCAUACACAGGAGGAUAUCAAAAAUGUCAACACCUGCUGCAAAUUUCUUUCAAAUGAGGCUUAAAAACUUGGCAUGCUGCUGCUGCUACUAUCAUUACCUGCCAGGCAGUAAAAGGAAAUACACUAAUUCAGAGCAUAUUGCAAAUGGCUAUGUUUUCUCUUAAAAAUGAAACAAUUUCUGUUACUAGGCUGUAAAAUAAUUCAAUUUGUAUUAGCUUCAGGACAUUUUAUAUACGCUCAUAUAUACUGACAUGCCAUGAUUUACUCUAAGAAUGAAAAACGAUUUCAGAUUCAUAUCUGUAAAUUGCAAUUUGUUUACGUCACAAGUUGAUCUAGUAACACUACUUCAGCACAAUUAAAUAUUGAAAUAUUAAUCAUACAGUUGUAGUUGUAAAUUUGCACUUAAUAUCUGUCAUUUUGUUACCACAUAGGGUGUAAUAACACAAUAGGACAGAAAUCACUUAUUGGAACCCUUGGUGUUCAAUUCUUUUCAAACUUGAUGUAGCAACUUUGACAUUACAGUUAAAUCCAAAGCAUCUCUUUCUUAGACUAAGAGAUCAGGUGCAUUUUUUCUAAAGGUGGUCCAUUUGUAUAAUUGUAAGGAAUUAUUAGCUUUAAUGCUUUAUCUCAGAACAGCACGUUGAAUUGGCUGCAUUUGUAUGGAAUAAGUUACCUUCAAAAUCGAAUUUCAAAGCUGAGGUUGCUUUUUAUCAUGUUAUUUUUUAUUGACAUUGUGUAACAUGCACAUAUGUUAACAAGGAUAAAAGAAAGCAGAAAUGCAUAAAGAUUACAGUCAAUUACAGAAACUUUAAUUUGCAACCAUCUAGUUGAUAAGUUUUGGCCAAUUUUAUUCAGGCAAUUUACAUUUUGAAGUUAGGCUUUUGUUUGCUGACUAAAUCCUGGGAUAAAUAAGAUUCUGUAACAGGGUCAGAAUCAGAACUGUGGGGUUAGUAUGGGCAGGGAACAACCCAGAUCCACCUGAAUUGUGAAGCCCAGAAAAUUUCUAUCCUCAGGCUUUACUUACAUGCUCUGAAAUUGAUUCCUAUUUUCUGUUAUCUGCAAAAUAAUCAGCAAAAUAACUAAGAUGGGUGGAGUGCAGGUACACAAAGUCAUUGAUCAUACAGAGGAGAGGCUGAGAAAAGGGAGGCUCAAGUGCACCUUCUGGCCAACAAAGAUCACCUAAAACCAAUAAAAAUGAAGACUUCUGUAGCCUAAAUCCUUAUUGCUGCAAGAGUCAGUGCAUUUUUCAGGUGGAUCCAAUGAUGUCACUGGGACAAUGCAUUGCCAUUUAAAUCAGGCCUCAUUUCUCUGGGGUUGGCAACCAAUCCAUUCCACAAUUCAGGCCAGUGAAAAUGGUAGGGACAUAGGAAUGUGUCCAAGCAGCAAAAUAAAUUUCCCAUCUUUUUUAAUUUCCUUACUAAUUAUUUGUUGCAGAUGGAGAAGCAAAUAUUUACCUUUAAAACCUCUUUGGGACAUCUUGAGAUCACAAAAGGUGGUGUAUAAAUGCAAGUCUUUUGUUCCCUGAGUAAUUGGACUUGACUGUUUGACUGCAGGGAUAUAUUUCCCAGUACGAGAUAGAUUAUUGUUGCAUACUUCUAUAUGUAACAAAAUUUAACAAUAGGUAGACCCAAGUAAUGUAAUUUAUAGUGGGGGCUAAUGAAAAGAAAUAAAUGUUAUGCUGAAGUUUGUGUAUUUUCAAGUACUUCCUUGUACUCUUAAUGAUCGGAAUGAUUAAAUCAUUGCAAACUGAGUGAGGGCAGAGAAAAUUAAAUGAGAAAAUGUUAAACAUAAAUGGACCAGAUAACAAUUCAAAUUAUAUUCCAGGGAAAAGAUUGCCCUGGAGUAGUAUUCUUCAAUGACCAAAUAAAAUGAAUGUCACAGAACCACAAGCAAAUGAUUUUUAACUAGCAUAUGGUUCAUUUUUGCUUUUAUUGUAAAAGACUAAAAGUGCCAGAAAAACUCUGUAAUCAAAACAUGAAAAGUUAAAAUGUCUUGUGGAAGUUAAGUAUAUGGUACUCUAAGCACUACAUCAUGUAAUGGAGAGCACUAGUCACGCUUUCUGUGAAAGCUUUUAAAGUCAAAAAUUUGCCAGUUAGUUUAUAUAUUCAUCCAUACAAUGUUCCAUUAAACACACAAAGACUUCUUUGUUGAAUUGUAAUAUCACUGUAACUCCUGGUGUACCUCUUGCUACAGAUUUGCUGUGAGCAAACCUUGUGUUAGGUUGCAACAUAUAUGAAGCAAUUUAAGAAUUUAGUUAGUACAAAAUGGCAAGGGUUUGAACUGAAGCAUCAGUUGCCUGACCUCAGUUGAGUGUAAUGUGGUAAACAUGUCAAGAGUGUUAUAAGUUAAGUGCAAUGUUAGUAUUUUGUAUAUGCCUUUGACUUGCAUCACCAAGUAUUUAAGUUAUUGAUUCAUGUAACUUUUGAUGACCUUUUAUGCCAAGGCUGCCAUCUUUCAGCUGUGAACCAUUGGAGGAAUGGCUGUCAUAACUGAUCUCCAAAUGUUCUUCACAAAUAUUUGAUACAAAGUAAAAUUAUUGAUGCUAGUUUUUCUUUCAAAAGUUUGUUUCAGACAUUGAAUGUACACUUUUCUUCAUUUCUUUUCAAAGGUUAAAAUCCAUUGUAUGGCACAGUGACUACACCAUGUUUAGUCAAAUUUAUGUAUUUACCUUUAAAGUUGAAGCCAGAUGUUGAGCCAAGAAGGAAUAUAUUGUGCUUGACAGCCCCCUCCUAAGUACCUGCAUACACAAUCUUAAUUUGGUUAUUAAAAAUCCACAUAGAGCAUUUAAAUGUAAAGCCAAAAUAUUUUAAUGCCACAUCACAAGUAUAAAGUUAUACCUGAUGUGGUGAUAGAAAUGCAGAUACAAAUGGCAAAAUAAACAAAAUCUGUUUUUCCUAAUCUGCUGUAAGAGGUAUACUAUUAUAAUGGGGAAUUAGCCCAGCAUUAAAUGUUUCAAACUGCACUGUGGAAUUUGUAAGCAUCAUAACUUCUGUAUAUUUCACUGUACACAUUAUUUGUUUAUAUGUAAGUAAUGUAUGUACUGAGACUGCAUUCCAAUAAUAAAUGCUUAUGUAAUAUUCCCCAAA